AUGGUCAAGCUCCGUCACAGGAUCGCAACUCCACAUCUGGCCCUGCUCAAAUUUGAAACCAAAGGUAUGGCACCUUUCUCUUUCCCUUCGCCUUCUGCGCACCCGGACACGCUCGGACGAUCACCACCACCACCAUAUCCAUCUCCAUGGCGCGCAAUAAAUCCGCGAAGAAAGAGGUCGCUGACCAACUCUCCGACAGAAGACGCACCGCAAGUAAAUCUGGCCCGCGUCGACACUCAGUUGAACAUGCACCAGUUCAACAACCUUUUUGAGGAGGAUGCAGGAGCAAAUGGUUCGAAAGAUUCCAAUAGCUUGUCCUCCCAACCCAUCUUGGCGAGCCCUUACCUCGGCAACGAGCUUCCAGCCGAAUGGUCUGCAGUGGGUCACGCCGCAGCGACAGGCAAGUCCGGCCGUGUCAUCCAUAGUCUGCAGGAGGAGGUCGCACGUCAGAAGCGGGAAGCAGCCCUCUGGCAGUCCCGAGCAGAGGAGUCCCAGCGUACCAAUGAGACCCUCAAGUUCCAACUACAGAACACGACCGACAGGCUCAGCCACCUGGAGCAGGUCAAUGAGACCAAUGGCAAGCUCAUCGAGCGGAAAGACCGCAAGAUUGAGGACCUGCGAGCCGAACUGCAUACAGAGCGCACCAAGCGGCUGGAUGCUCAGGGCGUGGCCAACGAGACCAACGAGACAAUGCGCGUGGAACGCGAAAACCACCAUCGCGAAAUGGCUCGGCUGCAAGAGGAGGCCAAGUAUCACGAGAACCAGUACGAAGUACUGUUCCGUGCCAUGAAGCAGGACAAGGCCGAUCUGACCCGGCGAAUGGACGCGCUGCAUACCCAACUGGCGCAACUGAAAGAGACGCAAGUGUCUCAGAACGAGGCAGCAACCCGACUCCUGACAGUUGACGACCAGAGACAGCGACUUGUGUCUUCCCUCCAAGAGCGGCACGAGCAGAUGAUGGCCCUCCACCAAAGGUACAAGGAGAUCAAGGAGCAAGAGUUCCAAGAUGUGCUUGGCCAAGCUCGCGUGAAUGGUGAUCGGAUCGACGCCUCGCUGAAAGACCUCAAGGAGACUGAGGACAAGAUGAAGUGGGUUAUUCGAAUGAGUGAGGUUCAGCAAGGACAACGGGGCGACGAUAACUCAGCGACUGGCCGCUCACUGGCAGGGACCCCAUCGUCAUAG